UAGUAUUGCAUGCUACAGUGCACCAGCCAAUGCUACCUCAAACAUGGUCACCACCAUCUGUUAAUUAAUAUAAACAGAUAUUUAGUCAUUUCAGCAUAGUGGUGUAGCUAACAAUAUUUAUUGGCAUCAAGCAUACAGUAGUUUUUGAGAAGCCUUUGGGAAUAGCAUUGUAGGCUUCACGCAGUGUACAAAGUCCCCCAGGACUGCAUUUAUUUUGUUUUCAAAGUGACUGAUUACUGCAGUGUCCUGCCAUCAACGCACAAUUUAGCACAUCUUCUGUGAGCAAGAUUAUAGAAAAGAUCAUCUGUAGAUAGCAGAGAAAGUGGCCUGCAUCAAAAUAAGUAGCUAGUAACUCGUAUUAGGAAUUCUCUUCAUAAAGUGAAAAGCCACAGCAACAAAUUAUGUGAUGCUGCUUUGUAAUAAUGUAGGUACAGUUGCUUUGUGCCCUUGUACGAGUCAUAUAUGUGUGUGUAUAUAUGUACACAUACAUACAUACACACACUUUAGUUUGUCUAUAAAACAGUAAUAUAGCUGCAAAUCUCCUGGAAAUGUCAAAGUGGCUUGUCUGUGAAAUGCUGAGAAAAGUCCUGUAUGAAUGCUAAGUACAUCUUUAUUAACAUUAGAAGCAUUACAUGGCUUUUGAAUCUAAAUGUUAUAUAAUCACUAGUGAAAGCAGAAAUCAAAAUAUGAACUGAUAAUUGAGCUAAUUAACACAAUUUGCAAAACAGGAUAAAAUUGACAACUAUGUGAGCGCUGUGUAGUUAAAUUGUAGUACGAUUAAUAACACUUAUGCUGAAUGUCUCCAAAUGCUCACUGCAUACUUGUACCAGAUAGUUUACCUUUGUUUUGACUGACAAAAACAAUUGAUUUGCAAAGUGUUUCCUGAGGGGGUCUGCUCAACUCGGACAAUAUCUUGUGUUCCCCUUUUUGUUUCACAUCUAGGUGUUUGUGGACUAGCAGGCUAUUGUAUCGUCUGAACUCCUCAUCUGUUUCUUACUCUUAAGAAGCCCUUAAGAGUUAGUUGUCCUUGUAAAUAGAAAUUCUCACAAACAUGAAAUGACUUGUAGAUAUGAAUUGGUGUAAGCAAUUUCACCCUAUAUUAGAAAUCUUUAUAUUGGACAUAUUUCAAGAUAAGUACAUGCAAAGACUCAACUGUAUUCUUAAGUAAUAAGAAACAUCAGAUACAGACAGUGAGUCAAAAUAGUACAUAAAGGCACAUCUUCCAGCUGUGUGUGAAUGACAAAACUGAACUUUGUCAGACUUGAGAUCUGUGUUGGGAUUCCUCCUGCUUCAUGCAGUUACCAUGAAGUUAAGUUACAUCACAUUCUGCAGGGUUUGUUUGGAAAAGACUGCUUUGUAUGUGUUUAAAAACAUCUACUACUGUGUGUUGUACAAAGCUUACCCAGCUGUUGUGUGUUACAUGAAAUAUUCAGAGCUAUAGGCACCACCUGGGAACUCUGGACGGAUGAGCUCUCACAAGUGACAGCAUUGGAAACUUCUGCAUUUCUCUGCUGACGUUGAGCCUACAGACAUAAAAGGGUUUUCAUCUCAAGGCUCCACAUGCUGCUCUAUUCAAGGACAGUUAGCAGGAUGGUUGCUGUAGUGCAGCUACUAUAAGACAGAAUUUGACCAAUGAUGAAUGCUCACUCAGUAACUAGCCUCCUGGUACUUUUGACUUAGUUUUGCAAUGAAUAGCGCGUGUAUGUGCCAGUUAAGUAUGUAGAUGUUGUGUAACUUGCAUUUAAGAAAAAGGAACACUGUCUAUUCAUCCACACUUUAAGGCUUGAGGCUGUACAUUUCUUUUUGUGAAGUCUGUAGGUUUUGUUAUAUAUUUGCAGUUACACAUUUUAAAAAAUGGUAUCAAUGGAAACAUUUCCACGUGUAGUGUUACUUUGUAAGGAGACAGUUUUGCUCUUAGAGCUCUUCACUAAGUUAUGCUGGAAAGUGAGACUGGUCGGUUCCCAGCUGCUGAACUGGGCGAAAUGGAUUGCAAUGUAAUUAGUGCAACCUAGGUUUAAAAAAAACGAACAAACAUGGAAAAACUUUGUAGCUGUCUGAUAAUUUAAGGUGAUCUUAAUAAUAAAAAUUUGUCGACACGAUGUGAUGCAAACUAACAUUUUCCAGGAGACAAGAGGCUUUUCUUCUCGGAGUGAGAUUUUUUUCCCCUUCUCUUUCUGCACCCCCGCAACCAUCCAGUAGCCGUGGGACUCGCCAGGCAGCGAGCCCUUCCACCGCAGCGCUCGUGCGAUGUAAAAUGAAUUUGCCCUUUGUGAGAAGACGAGGCGGCGGCAGCGCCGCCUUGAGUUACAGGCGCCGGGGUGCGCCGCCGGCAGCGGCCUCGGCGGCGGCAGGGACCCCCCAGCUCCGCCGCUUGCUCUGCUCCGCUCCGCUCCCCGCCCGGGCGCGCCGGGGGCCCGGCCGCAGUGCUCCUGCUUGCUGGCCUCCUCCCCGGCCCGGAGGCAGAUGCCCAGGGGGAGGAGAAAAGCGAGGGAAGGAAGGAACGAGUGCGGACGGGGGUUCCCGGCAGCUUCUCCGGUCACUUCGCCGCCAGAUACUGUCGCCCCCUCGGCCCCAGCGGAGCCCCGGGCGCCGCCUCCAGGAGAAAGUCGCCGCCAGGCUUAAAACCCCGCGGCCCGCCCGCCCCAGCCCGGGGGCGAGGACGAAGGUUGAGUGGACCAUUAAUGAGCUGAUGGGUUCUGCUGGGAAGGCUUGCCCUCACACCAUGACAGCUGACGAGUCAAAAGCUGGAGAGUUAGCUCUGGAGCCCCUGCUCACUUGCAAGCUGUGUCUCUGUGAAUAUUCUCUGGAUAAGAUGACCACUCUUCAGGAAUGCAGCUGCAUCUUUUGCACAUCGUGCCUAAAACAGUACAUGCAGCUGGCAAUUCAAGAAGGUUGUGGCUCUCCUAUCACUUGUCCAGACAUGGUAUGCUUGAACCAUGGGACCCUACAAGAAGCAGAGAUUGCCUGUUUGGUACCUGUUGACCAGUUUCAGUUAUACAAGAGACUGAAAUUUGAACGAGAAGUCCAUUUGGACCCCCAGAGAACGUGGUGCCCUGCAGUUGACUGCCAAGCAGUGUGCUAUAUUGAACCAAGUGACUCAGGACAGCCAGUGCUGGUUGAAUGUCAGGCUUGCCACCUGAAGUUCUGCUCAUCCUGCGAGGAGGCAUGGCACCCAGAGCACCUGUGCCAGGACAACCAAACUACUGUAGUACCAACUGAACAGGGGUCACUUAUUGGGAUGGAGAUAGAGGCACCAAUUAAGCAGUGCCCUGUUUGUCGGAUCUAUAUUGAACGAAAUGAAGGCUGUGCUCAGAUGAUGUGCAAGAACUGCAAGCACACAUUUUGCUGGUACUGUCUACAGAACUUGGAUAAUGAUAUAUUCUUAAGACAUUACGACAAAGGCCCUUGCAGGAACAAGCUAGGCCACUCGCGAGCUUCGGUGAUGUGGAACAGAACGCAGGUUGUGGGGAUCCUCGUCGGGUUAGGUAUCAUAGCAUUGGUGACCUCUCCCUUGCUGCUUGUGGCGUCUCCAUGCAUCAUUUGCUGCAUUUGCAAAUCUUGCCGAAGCAAAAAGAAAAAACACAGCCCACCAACAACCUAAAACUCUGUGUCUGUUUGAGCCUUCUUCUGUACAGCAUAUGUAUGUGAGAAAGCACAAUGGUUGGAUUUUGGUGCCAUACCUACCAAAUAAUGCUCCCCCCCCUUUUUUUUAAACCAAUUCUUGGGAUAAGUGCCUAUUCUCGACAGGCUACUCUAUCACUAACAAGUCCCUCUGUGGGAAAAGCCAAUGUAUUUGUGCAGGAUGUGUGCUAUAUGUUUAUGCUUUUUAAAAAGAAAACAGGACACCAUUCAGUAGUUCAUACCUUAAAUAUGAGCCACCUUUUGAGACUGCUAGAACUUUUAGAUCUUCCAUCAGCUGCAUAUAAGUUGAUCAUGCAGCAUUACUCUACCUUUGCAGACCUAAUCAUUACUGCCAUGCUUUCUUUUGGAUCUCGGUGACACUCAGAUCUCUCAGAAAGUUUGGGGUAUUUUAUAAAAGGAGAGAGAGGGAGAAAGGUUCUAUUGAUUUCUUCCGCCUGCUAGCUUGUGUCCUGUUAAAGGUAACAAACUUAAGAAAAUACAUUUGAUAGUUUCCUGUCAGCUGUCUGCCAUAGCUUUCCUUUCACCUGUACCUGAAAGAAUUGGAGAAUAUUAUAGGAAUUUUGAAGGGAACAUAUUACCAAGACAGGAAUUCUGAUAAUUUGCAUUUCAUAACUAAGUUUAUUAUAUGGAAUAGUUUGGGCUGAUUUUCUAUGAAAAUAUAUACAUGCACACAGGUACUGAACUAUAUUUUUAAAAAACCCCUGGUAUAAUAUGUCAUUGGCAUGAAGUGCUCUGUGUCACUAACCAAUAAUUCAUACUGCAACAUGAACUUUAUUUAAUUACAUUAGUUAGGUGGUUCAAUUAACAGUAGUGAAAACAUUUUCAUCUUGUUGUUGGUAGUAUCAAAAAAUUAUUGUUAUUAGAAGAAAUUUCUAACAGUAUUCUGUGCUUACGACAUUGAAAUCAAUGGGAUUCAUACUAAUCAUCUGAAUUACAGAAGUAAAGAACAACAAAACUAUUUCUAAGAUAGGGCUUUCUUUUCAGAGACUGGGCUACCUUAGGAAAGAUGAUGUUUUUUCAUGGCAUGUCUUCCUUGAAUACUGGUGUAUGCAUAUUGCCUUGUCCUUGGGCAUAACUUUUGUCACUAACGUGGGUGUAGUAAACUCACCAUAAAUCUAAUAUUUUAGGAAAGACUAUGGUACAUCUCCUGUUUUGUAUACAGUAUAUGGAUAUUGUUUGUGUGCAUAUAGAGUGACUGUAUGUGUGUAGAUACAGACAGAGUGAAUAAUGCACAAUUUAUUUUCUGUGUAGUCAGUAUAUUAUUAACAGUUUACACAGGGUAGCAGGAAGAACCUUGAAAACUCUUUCUCAGAACAGGCUAAGCCACCUCCUCUUUUAAACUCCAUGGACUUGCUGAAGUGAGCACUUAAGAAGUGCUGUGUAAAUAUAAGCUCCAUCCAUUGGUAGAUAUUUCUUCCGUCCCGCUCAAGGCUAUCAAACUCUGUUACCAAUGAUUUUUAGUUACUCUGGAUCUGAAAGGCUGUCUUUCAAUGCACCCUUCGUUUUAAUUUGGUGCCUCACCACCGAUCCGACUCAGACCCUGGUAUCAGUUAUGCCUGUGCAGAUUCAGACUAGCCUCAUUGGAGAGCUGGAGUUGCUCCAGGCUUACUGAGGAGUAGCUAAGACUGGACUCUGCCCCUUGGAGUUUAUUUCCCUAAUAGCUGGUGCUCCUUAUAACCCUGGCCAGUGGUGGCUUUUGUUCGGGACUCCUGUCUGUGCAUUUGAUAUCUGUGGGAAGUGAUACGAGUGUGCACUAUAACCAGUUGUGAUUCCAAACCCCUUCUGAUAAGGGCUGCAAGGAGAUUUAAACAAGAUGCUCAGCCUGACAGUUGGCUCGGGCUGGCCACGCGCUGCUCUGCCCUUGUGCACGCACGCAGCGCGAGGCGCCAGGAGCAUGCUGCAGGGAACAGCUUCUCUGUUUCACUUGGCCGAGCCUCAGGAACUUUGUCUUCUUGGCAGCCGUAAACGUGACCUUCUUUGUUUAACUCCGCUCUCUGGUUACUCUACCAGAAGCGGUAAAUGUUCUUAUUUUACGAAAGUGUAGUCUGUCGAGCGGACUAGCAGGGAUGAAGGCCUUAAAUGAUAUCGUCUGUUUUACUUUUCAAUUGAUUUCUUUCGUAAAUGCUGCCUAACUUUGCUACCAGUCACGACUGGAGGGCAGGCAGCACUUGCUAGUUUGGAAGGUGGUAUUUAUUCUCCAUCCGCAGCUUCGAAGGGAAGCAGAAAGGUAGUCAGUACAUUCUAAAUAUAGAGUGCAAUGCAGGCAACUGCGAUUUGUAAUAAAUGGAUAAUAUUUUCUGUAUGUGUUUUCUUUAAGAGCAGUAAUGGAAGUGCUUGGGGUUACUUGUGACAGAUUAAAGUGUCCAGCCCUUGGCUUUGCACUAUUUUUCUACCUACGUUUUUAUGGCACUACUGUCAUUGUCAGUUUAUGAACUUGCAGUAGAGAAUCUUACCUUAAGGAAGCCUGAAGGACAAAAAUAUAGGACCUGCACAGUCUCUUUGACCAUAACCAGCUUUGUGAUGUACCAAUGUUCUUCACUAGUUAAAUUUCAUGGAUUUUUCAAAUUUUGUAGUCUUACCUGCGCCCAGUACACUCUCUGCUAGCUUUCUUUCUUUCUUUGUCCUCUUCCUUUUUCCCUUGUCCUGUUUUUACUAAAAUGCCUAAUGGAAUGAAGGUGUCUCAUGUUUUUUCAUUAAUACUGCUUUUAUGUACAAGUGCCAAGUUCUUCCCUCCAUUAAAGAAAUGUAACUGAAGGCAGUAUCUUGCCCAGAAUACACUAAUAGACCUAAGGUCACCGUUUUUAUUGUGAUACAAAUCCUGCCCUUUACAGUUCUUUAACUGUUGUCUAAAUUUAAUGCCAAACUCUCCGUAGAGUAGGAAUUUUUUUAAUGGUUUGAAGGGCAAUAUUUUAUGAAAGCAUUGCACAUGUGUAUAGCUGUGAAGUUUGGGAAAGUAAAGCUAUUCAGUUGGUUUUUAUUAACUUCUCAGUUUGAGUGCAAGUAACUUCUUUCAGAGGCUACUACGUACAGAGCAGAAGGAUGGUGUGCCUUUUCCCUGUGCCUGUUUCACUGAUGGUGCCAGUUUAGCUUGGCUGGGGGGUACCAAAAGCAAUAAAAAUACCAUAUCCAGGUGUUAGCACAGCCUAACAGCCAGAGUGACAAUCUAGGCAGCUAAAGAGCCUGUGUGCUGACUCCUAGCAGUGGCCUGGGCUUUAGCUGGGGGUCUUUACACAAAAACUGGAUUCAGAUAUCACAAACUACAGGCACACCUUUCUUUGGCUGUGUAAACAUAACAAAUUGACCAAGAAAACAGCUCUAAAAAUCCUUUAGAGCUUAAACUAGAAAUCUUAUUAAGAUAGUUUUCUUUAAAAGGCUGCAUGUGCUGCACCAUGUAUCCUGUUUUUUCAGCUCAGGGGGAUAUCUGAGCACGUGCCCUAGGUUGGCCCCGACCUGGCCAGUUCCUAGGAUGCUCUAACCUUGCCGAGGGGUGCCGAACGCGUGUGGCAGCGCAGGCAGCUGCAGGGCCCACUUGCCUCAUUUUCCAGAAGGCAGCUAUCCUGCCCCAACUGGUCACACUCUCCGGGUUUCCAAAGAACUGUUUUAGCAAGGACAUUUUUACAGUGUUUUUUUUUUUUUUUUUUUUUUUUAAUUUUAUGAGACAAAUGAUCAUUAUAAGAAACAUAUCACAAGUGUGACAAAUAAUGCUGACAGAAAUAUAGGGAGAAAAAACCCCCAGAUGACUGGGACUCUGGCCACUUCAGACUCUUCUAAAUCAAUGUAGCUGUAAAUCCACCCUCUCAAACUCCAUCUGCGUGAUGUGCGGUGCAUGUUAGUCCUAGGCCUCAUCCUCACCGCUCUCACUGUCUGUUUUCUUUUUCCUGUGGCAGGUGGCUGGUGUGCAGGUAGCACAUGGGGAAGGGUUCAUGUCUGCUUUAGGGCAAGUACCUCCAGGUACUGGGGGCUAUGGCAUGCUGCCAUCCUGGCUCCAUCACCCAUUUGCCAUGUGGCCUUAAACUGCUGAGACAGGCCUUGGCCUUUUGAAUUGGGAACUUUGCUCAUGUCUUCAAAUGCAGUCCUUGGAAAACAAAGGUGACAAGUGGUCUAUUCCCUCUGAACGGGGGACAUGCAGCCCUUCUGUGAGUUAGGCUCUAGAUGUCAAAAGAUCAGAUCCUAAAGUUAGAGGCCUGUGUAGGAAAACUGGAUCUGCGCUGCAGCUGGCCACGUAUCUCAGUGGCCAGAUAUCUCACUGUAAUUUCCUCACAGUCACUGGAGCUGUGUCAAAUGCAGCUGAGGAUCCAACUCCUUGCUCCUCAGGUCCUCAUGUUAAAAUGAAGAUGAUAAUACCUGUUUGCAAGCCACCUGUUAAUAAAAAGUAAAUAGUUCUCACACUAUAGCAUAAAUCGUUCUCUUCAAUAUUUAUUCUAGAACUGUAGGAGAUAGCCAAUGCUGCAGCUCAGUAAUUCAUUAUUUAUUAAUGGUGCAUGGGGUUUCUUACCUCAUAGAAGGGCAAGAGGGGUUACAGUAAUUAAUGUUACUACCGUACUUAAAUGAUGUUAAAUUCUAUGUACUAUUAACUGUCCAGGAACAUAGCAUAAGAUAAAGAAGUCCAAAGAUAAGUUUAAAAUGUAUGUAGAUUUUACUUGAAUAAAUAAGGAGAAACUGGAUAUUAUCUUCUGAUUUGUCUGAAGAUAUGCAAGUGGACAAAAAUCAACUCCACUUCCACAAAUGAACAGUGAAACCACCUUUUGGCUGCUCUGUUCUCUGAUACCACAGUAAGUGGUUGUGUUGUAGUGCCUGCUACUUUAAAAAUUUGAAAUCUGUUUUGCACUGUAAGCUCCUUCUCCCAUCUCUCUUACCUUUCUCAGACAAAUUCCUUUUUAAGAUGGUAGUCUUCAUCCCCUAUCUCAGGCCAAAGAUUUUUAGAGUGAAAUUAGUGUAUUUCUUUAUGUGAGGAUAAAAACCUUGCAACAGUUUUCUCAUAGGUUUUAAUAAGAAAUUUGAUGCUGAGAUAAUGACCAAAGAUAGAAAUAUCAAACUUGACUUGUUCUGAAAACCUUAUUCAGACUUAAGAUGCUGUCUUAGAAUACCUAAAUAAGGACUGCUUUGCUGAAGCUCUCAGGCAAAGGAUCCCUACAGCUUUUGGACUUCACAUGAGCGAUGCUUCUACUGGUGAGUAGACUUUUUGGAAACACGCUGGAAAAAAAAUCUACAUCCUGUAUAUGUAUUUUUAUUAUAUAAAUCAAAAAAGAUUCUGUUGCACAGUUUCACAUUUUAGGGACUCAAUUCCCCUGAAACUUGCUAGGGUAUACUUAUACAAUAAGAUAGUUUUAGAAGUACAUAAAGCAGUUUAACAGAUUGUGUUAGCUGUAGAAUAUUUGUGAGCUGUCUCUCUUGUGUAAAUAUGUAGGAUUAGACCCUAAUUUAUGUGGCUUAUGAUAAAGAUGAGAAAAUUUACCGCUCAUACAACAGGGAGAGUUGAUUCUUCUGCAGUCUGCAGGAAGGUGAACUUAUUGCUAAAAUUCCAGAAAACUUCAGUCAAAUUUGUAUUUGUCCUCCAGUUAGUAAUGAAGUAAAUGCUUAAUGGUUUUGUUGAACAGGAAACCCAAAUAUCUAUUUUGUGGCCCUAAACUCAUUUAUUUGCAACCAAUGCAUUUUUAUAAUUUAUGAUUAUAAUUUAUAUAAUUCAUCUAUAAUUUAUAAUUUGUAAUUAUGAAAUACUAAUUUUGAAGUAUAUUUUCCUUUUAUCAUGUAAUAUAUUUACUUCAAUUGCGUCCAUAAUGGAAACCCUUCCUCUUUUGCUUUCUGUGGAGAUGGUCCUUGUGUACUUUGUAAGGUAAAUUCCCAAUAUUUGGUGCAGUCCACAGUAGAUGUUUACAACUAUAUAUUUUUAGUUAGCUCAGUGUGUUUUGUUAUGAUCUCCCAAGUCAUUUUUUUGAACCAGGCAAAUUUCUAUUGUUAGGAAAAAGUAAUUUCUUUAUCAGUGAAUUUUAUUGACUGUCACAGUUUGGGCUAUACAGGAUGAUGCUGGUUGACAUGGUCCCGCAGCUUUAAAGAGGACAUGACCACGUUCUUUCCCCAUCCCUUUUCUCUUCUGCCCAAGAGGUUUUUUUUUUUUUUUUUCUCUCCUGGCUGAGAGUUAAGGAGUUUGGUCAUUUGUCUGUGCCUUCUGGAUGUCCAAACAGAAGCAGCAGCUUCUGGUGGCCAUGUGCCGGGAGAUCCCAGACAGGUUGAAUGUGCAAUGCUACAGCACAUGUGCAGUGAGCUGCCUAAAUUUCAGGAACCUGCCUGUGCUUUAUGGCUAGCCAGGGCAAGUGCAGGAGAUGUGGGGCCCAUGGGACUGCUCAAAAUGGCUUCACAAGUGCCAUCAGCUGUGUGGCACGAACCGAGUGGGGCUGGAGCUUUGCCAUACUGUGUCACUGUACCGUCUCGCUGUGCCUGUGCUUCACCCAGGGUCUCGUCAGGGAAAUCCCAGGCACAAGCGUGGCAAGUCCUUUCUCUAGCUGGUCCUUUCUAUACCCGCCCCCAAAACUCCCUGACUCCCACAGCAAAUCUCUGUUCCUUUCAUUUUCCAGUCUGCUCUACUGGCCUGUCUCGGUUUCCGAGAAACCUCAGUUCAAACCAGUUACUUGCAACUCAGCUGGUUUAAACAUCAUUUUGCCUGAUGUACAAGUCUAGGAGGAAAGACAGGACUAUUAGAUACCACACGGUUUUAUUGGCAUCACGGGUGCCAAGCAUGUCACUUACCUUGGGAAAACUCCUACUGCCACAGUGUAACGUAUUUCUGAAAAAACAUGUUUAUUAAAAAAAAAAAAGUAUAAUUUAAAGUGUCCAGAUCUGAUACCGAAGUGCAGUUCGAAACACUAACCUGAAUAGGUGCCAGUCCUGGACCCCUGUGCUACGCGGUCUGAGGCAGGUACCUGACUGCUCACUGCAAGCGGUGCUGAGUUUAGCUAGGCUAUUUGCAGUGCUAAUGCUCCCAGCUCUUGUUGCUUUAAGGGCUCCUACUUGGACGUGAUAUGUUACUUUACAAUGCAACAGUGCUUGAAAUAAAGCAGUGGUUUGGUAAAAGCAGGAAACAGGGCACAUCAGUAUUGUGCUGGGUGAACGCCAUGGUAAAGAAGAGUUUGUCUCAAUGGGAGGAAGAAAACUCCUCUUCAGAGGACCAGCCUUCAUGGCCUAGGAGGAUUUGACUCCUGCGCUGCCAUGCACAGUGCUAAACUCCUCUUCAGUGUCUAAAUAUUGUUUCCUUGGUAUCUGUUUAGGCUUACAUUUUGUUUAUCUGGGUUUUUUCUUUUCCUCCAGGUAAUAGACUUUCUUCACCACUUUAAUACUGGUGAAGGGCAAAAGGGUUUGAUCUUUGUAAGAUUCAUUAAAAUAUUUUUGUGUUUUAAAAGAAAGCUGACAUGUAUAAAGAAAUAAGUGCUUUUGUAAAUUUUUGUUGUAUGAUUCAACAUUUAAACGUUUUACAGAUGCAGUUUUUUGCACUCUCUCUGCAUAUAGUCAUAAAAGUAUAUAUUUAUUUUGUGUCUUUGAGGUUUACUUUGGGUUUUUUUUCUUCUGAUGUUAUAAAAUGCAGUAUGUGCAACAUUAAAAAUUUCGUGUAAAGACA